AAUAUCCCAAGGUAUUUAGUGCCAAGCAUCGGCUCCUCGACAGAGUCUCUCCCCAUACCCUUCCUGAUCUAUACUACCAUGUCUGGUUUUGUUCCCCAGCCCAUAGACGACGUCGCUAUUGCCACCAUCCGUACCCUCGCUGCGGAUGUCGUUGGAAAGGCUAACUCGGGUCACCCUGGUGCCCCCAUGGGGAUGGCCCCAGCGGCUCAUGUCCUCUUCACUCGCUUCUUCAAUACCAACCCCAAAAAUUCAAAGUGGUACAAUCGCGAUCGAUUUGUCCUCUCUAAUGGGCAUGCAUGCGCUCUGCAGUACAUCCUCCUUCACCUCCUUGGUUUCAAACUAUCUCUCGAUGACUUGAAGGCUUUCCGUCAGCUCGACUCUUUGACCCCUGGGCACCCAGAAGCUGGUCAUACUGAUGGCAUUGAGGUCACUACCGGACCCCUUGGCCAGGGCUUUGCAAACGCGGUCGGCCUCGGCAUCGCUCAGGCGCACAUGGCUGCCAUCUUCAAUAAGCCAGGUUUUGACCUAAUCAAUAACUACACUUAUGUCUUCACCGGUGAUGGCUGUCUCAUGGAGGGUGUUUCUUCGGAGGCGGCGAGUUUGGCUGGUCACCUCCAGUUGGGCAAUCUCAUCUACAUCUAUGACGACAACCAUAUCUCUAUUGACGGUGAUACCGCGGUUGCAUUUACCGAGAACGUAGAACAGCGCUUCCUUUCCUACGGAUGGCAGGUCCUGCACGUCGACAACGGUGAUAGUGACCUUGAGGCUAUCUACAACGCUAUCGCCGAAGCUCGCAAGGAGAAGAACAAGCCAUCGCUUAUCCGUCUUCGUACCACCAUCGGUUUUGGCUCCAAGCAGCAGGGUACCCACGGUGUUCAUGGUUCUCCCCUUAAGGCUGACGAUAUUGCUGCCUUGAAGUCGAAGUCCGGCUUCCCUGCAGACCAGACCUUCUAUAUCCCCCAGGACACCUACGAUGCCUAUCACGCUGCCGCCCUCAAGGGUGCCAAGCUUGAGCAAGAGUGGAAUGGUCUCCUCGGAGCAUACGCUCAGCAGUACCCCAAGGAGCACGCAGAGCUCACUCGCCGUAUUGCGGGCGAGCUCCCCAAGGACUGGGAGAAGAGUCUGCCUGUUUACAAGGCCACCGAUGCUGCCCAAGCUUCGCGCAAGCUGUCUGAGAUCGUCCUCACUGCCAUCUCCCCUGUCCUUCCAGACCUCAUCGGUGGCUCUGCGGACUUGACUGGCAGCAACUUGACCCGCGUCAAGCAGGCUGUUGACUUCCAGCCACCAAGCACUGGUCUAGGCAACUACGCCGGCACAUACAUCCGUUAUGGUGUUCGUGAGCAUGCCAUGGGCGCCAUCGCUAAUGGUCUGGCUGCUUUCGGUGGCAUUAUCCCCUUCAUCGGUACCUUCUUGAAUUUCGUCUCAUAUGCCGCUGGUGCUGUUCGCCUCUCUGCCCUGAGUCAUCACCAAGUCAUUUGGGUCGCUACCCACGAUUCCAUCGGUCUCGGUGAAGAUGGGCCGACCCACCAGCCUGUUGAAACUGUUGCCCACUUCCGUGCGAUGCCGAACAUCGACGUCUGGAGGCCGGCUGACGGUAACGAGACGUCUGCGGCAUACUACAGCGCGCUCACACGCAAGAACAACCCCUCGAUCCUCUGCUUGUCGCGUCAGAACCUCCCGAACCUUGAGGCGUCGACCAUUGAACAUGCGCUGAAGGGCGGCUAUGUCGUCCAUGAGAUCGAGGGCGAGGAUCUCACCUUCGUCUCCACCGGUAGCGAGGUCAGCAUCGUCCUCGAGGCUGCGAAGAAGCUCGAGGCCGAGGGCGUGAAGGCUCGUGUUGUCUCCCUUCCAUGCUGGGAGCGUUUCGACAGCCAGCCGGAGGAGUACCGCCUCAGCGUACUCCGCAGCGGUGCUCCCAUUCUCGCUGUUGAAGCCUACAACACUUUUGGCUGGCACAAGUACUCUCAUGAGCAGUUCGGCCUCGUCGGCUGGGGCGCUUCCGGGCCAUACAAGAAGGUUUACGAGAAGUUCGGCCUCACGGGAGACAACAUCUCUAUCGUCGGCAAGAAGAUUGUCGACUUCUACAGGAAGAAGGGGGGAGAAGUCGUCUCACCCUUAGUCAAGGCUCUGUAGAUGAGGGUGUGAAAUGGAAAUGCGGAUAGAGCAAAAUUGUAGACGAUAUAAUACCUACUCUAAGUGUACUCAUGUAUAAGAGAGAAAGCCAAAUAAGUAGAGACACUGUACCAAAGGCAUGGACGUGAAGUUUACAACGCAAC